UUGUCAAACGCGUUAAGCGCAUGACAUCUCUGGCUGGCUGUCCUGUCGUUCUCAUUUGCGGUGUAUUAAAUGACGUGAUCUCCAGUUUAUUUCAGCAGAGGACACGCGGUUAUGGGCAACGCUUUGUUGAGCAGGAUCCACGGCUAGAUUAAAACCCCUCUAAGAACUGAUCGAGGCAUUGAGAGAAGACGAUUACAGUGGAUUUAAUGACACUCCAUCAAAGCAUCACAUUCUGAUCAGAAGAGACAUGGAUGGAUACCUGCCACCUCAGUUUCACAUGUUGUCAGACCAUAGGAAGUUUAGUCAAGAAAAUUCCAUGACGAUGGACCAAGGCACACCUUACAGCAUAAACAUGAAUGUUUUUUUACCGGACGUCACCUACCUAAGGACCGGCAUGUGUAGACCUGUGAGGUCUGCGGCACCACAGAUAAAGACGGAACCUCUGCACUCAUCUUUUAACUACUCCAGUUGCCACGGCUCGGUUGCGCCCACCACAACGCACCCGGAGUACACAAACCUCUACACCCCAGCUGUGGAAACGGGUAGCAAUGUUUACAUCAAGCAGGAGACGCCAUCCCUCGAAUUCCCAGACGUUCCACUUUUUCAACUGUUGAAUUCGGAGCUCGAGCCCAGUGUGCCUGGUGUCCACACCGAUUCCCACAAUGCCACAUGCUCUCCAAUGCCAGCGUAUAACAGUAUUCACCCACAACCCAGCCAUAUUGCAGAACGACCGCAUUGUAAUAUGAGCAGCAGUGGAUAUUUGCUACCUUCCCAGUUUGUUCAGCAUCCUCAGAAGAGGGCGGCCUAUCUACCACCAUCCCCUCCAAACUCAGAACCGGGCAGCCCUGACAGGAGGAAGGAACUCAUACAGAACUUAUCGCCACCUCCGUCAUAUGCUGCCAGCAUGGCAUCUAAAAUGGCAGGUCUUACCCCUGGACCAGCACUUUCUGUCCAAACACAAGCAGUUCCUGCCCAAUACAACCGCAGAAACAAUCCCGAUCUAGACAAAAGGAGAAUACACCACUGUGAUGUACCAGGAUGUAAGAAGGUCUACACCAAGUCCUCACAUUUGAAGGCUCAUUUACGUACUCACACAGGCGAAAAGCCAUACAAGUGCUCAUGGGAGGGGUGCGACUGGCGUUUCGCCCGCUCUGACGAGCUAACGCGCCACUUCAGGAAGCACACAGGGGCCAAACCUUUCCAGUGCGCCGUAUGUAACCGUUGCUUCUCCCGAUCGGACCACCUGGCCCUCCACAUGAAAAGACACCAGAACUAGAGCCGCCUGCUCUCGUUUUUCUGACGGUGCCGCAGGAGGGCUAUCAGGACCUCUGUUGAUGAUACUAAUUAGGAUUUGGGUGUGUUCGCUAAUCUUGGGUUUUGGCAGUUCAUCAGGUACAACAGGACCAAACCCUGUCGUCGGUAUGGCUCCUGUGGUCACAAAACCAGCUAAUUGAUGAGAACUCUGCUCAUUUGCCAGAUGGGACAUUCUUGACAUUCAUGACUUGUUUGUUUGUUUCUUUGUUUGUCUGCAUAUAGAGAUCAUCUUUUUUAUGACUACGUUCAAUGUGCCUUUUUUUACCUUGUAGAAUUGAGGUGCCACGUAAAAUGUACAAUGUUCAAUGACUUCUGGGCAAUUUUAUUCUUCUUUAAAGCAAUAUUUCAGGUUAAAUUCAAGAAUAUAAUUAGUUGACAUCAUUUGUGGCAUAACGUUGAACAUGUUAAAAUCUUAUUGUUUACAUUAUGUGGCUAUAGUAUUGAAACAAAUCAGAUUUUGAAAGUUGAAAUACAUUUUUGUGGGAAUCAGCAUUAAGCCACAAGUUCUGUCAACUGAGUUGAACUUUUAUUGAACCCAGAAUAUUCUCGUAAAUGACUAUUCGCACUUGUAUCACAAGGUAAAUCAUAAAAUGAGCUGUAGUCUUAGUUGUAGAACCAAACUGAAGAACAGUCAUGAGAACGUGAGCCACAAACGUAGACUCAUAGUGAAUUAACAUCUCAAGCAGCACUUGAUAAGAAACUUCAGAAAUUUGUGCGGGGGAGCCACCAGGUAAUUAGAAAAUUAAAUGUAUCUUCAGAUCACCAAAGAGUUGGAUGAAGUCCAAAAUAUGAUGCGUUUCGAAGAGGAUUCACUUUAUUUAGGCAAAAUGUUUGAAAGAGAUCUAAUUUGAUUGAUUGAAGUCCUUUAUGUUAAUUCCUGUGUUUUACUGAAAUGCAAUAAGUGGGUACAAAUGCUGUAUUUUUCCUGGCAAGACGAGGUCGGAUAUCGAUUAGUUGUUUAUUUUCCUUACUAUGCAUUUUUUGGGGAUUAAUAAUAGCUUUAAAUGUACAUAUGACGUGUAUUUAUUCUGCACAGAUUUAUUUUUUUCUUUUCUAUUUUAUAAAAUGUAACUUAGCGCCCACAUGAGAUAUGCACUGGGUUACUGGGAAGUGGUUUUAGAAAUCUUUGUUCAAGAUAAUAAUGCUCUAAUGGCCGCAUUAUGUGGAACAAUGUGGCAGCUGAAUGUUUACAUUAGAUGGCUUGGCUUAUGGUGUGUGUUACAUAUGUACGUGUGGCUCCAUAAAACCUUAUUUUUCAUUACAGUGAUAAAAAUGAUUACCGCCUUAUUUUUCAGAGAUUGCAAAUGCAUAACAGAAGGGUUAACAAGAAGGUAAACAGAAGAAUUGUUACAGAUGACAAGCUGAUGUUGUUCCUGAGAUGGGAGUAAAAUAGUUUGGGUACAUAUGGAGUUUGUAAUGUAAUACAAGGAUCCACAGUUUUCAAUGUUCAAGAUUUCUAACUAGAAGUUCUUCACUUGGUGGCCAAAACAGAAAGAGAAAAACUUCAAUUUCUGUGAUUUAAAGUUAAAAUUGCUUAAGAUUGAAGUGUGAAACACACCCUUUAAUCGCUCCAAUUUGCAGCACUUAGAUGAGUACAGUUAAUGUUAAAUACAUACAUCAUUACUGUUAUUACACAUAAUAUGGAAGCAGAUCUUUAAAGUCUUAGUCUGCUGGGUUAAACUGGAAUAUCCAGACAUCAUGGCUCACAUGUGAUUAGGUGAAUAAAUGGAGGUGUGGUUAAAGUUGCUAAUACAGGCUGCCAGAUUUGAAAUAACAGAGUUAAAAGUUGAUAGUGUUGAGUGAUAACACCCAAUUAAAUUGAUACUAUAAUUAUCUUGCCUGUAUACAAAUCACUGAGAAACAGGAGAAAGGCCUCAGUCAGGGAAAUAAUUGGACAUUUACACAAUGCAUUCUUUUCAUCACUAGGGUGUAUAUUAUUUUCUGAAUCAGUUCUUACAUAAGCAACUGAUUCUGAACAACUGACUUUUUAGUUUAGUAUAUUAUUAGUAUACGCUAUUGUUCAGAAAUAAAUAACAGAUAGGCCCACAUGGGAACAAAUACGCCUAAAACACAAAGUGAAUCGACUGUAUAAUAUUAUAUUGUUAAACUCCAGGGUUAUAAAUGGAGAUAUCGCAGAUAAUGUACUGCAACUUA